AUUAUUGCAACUGCUCGUGUCACGGUUCUUUCCCUGACGAGGCGGGCCCACCUAAGGUGGGACCCACGUGUCAGUGUCUCGAAAAGUUAUAAAUGAACGUUACACCGAAGACGCACGGGUCAAACGCUCCUCACCACUCACCCUUCUCUCCCCUCUCGGUUUCGCCCUCUCCCCCUCCUCGCGAUCUCUUUUGAAACCCUAGAUUCGUAUUCUAGGGUUAGGGUUUCCAUUGGGUCGAAACCCUCUCUACGAUCCCCCCGUUCAUGGCGUCGUACCGACCCUUCCCCCCUCCUCCGCCGCCGCAAUCGUUCCCCCCGCCGCCGUUCCGUCCCCGGCGGCGCCGCCUCAGAACCCCUCCCUCCGAGCAGCAGCAGCAGCAGCAGUACGGGUAUGGAUCGACUCUACCGCCGCCGCCUCCGCCGCCGCCAUCUGUGGGAUCGCAGCAACCUCCGCCGCCUCCUUACUACCAAUCCUCGCAAUUUCCUCCUCCUUACGAACAGCAGCCGCCGCCGCCGCCUCCCCCGCCUUCGUCCCCUCCCCCGAACCCUCCCCCCGCUCCCCCUCCCUCGGCCCCGCCUCCACCUCCUCCGGCGCUCUCCACCCAGCGGACCCAUCAUCAUCAUCAUCACAACCCUAAUUCCAAAGAACCCUCCGCUGCCGCCGCUCCCAGGCAGCAAAAGCCCGUCGCACCGGCCUCCGGGAAGCCUUCGGCGUAUCCGCAUGGGCAAUCGGGGCCGGUGGAGACGGAAGAAGAGAGGAGGAUGAGGAAGAAGAGGGAGUACGAGAAGCAGAAGCAGGAGGAGAGGAGGCAGCAGCUUAUGCUGAAGCAGUCGCAGGCGACUGUUGCGCAUAAGACACAGAUGAGGCCGCAGCACGGCUCGAUGGCGGGGUCGCGGAUGGCGACCGCUCCUUUCUUGGGCGGGGAUAGGGUCAUGAACCGGCUGAAGAAGCCCACCACAUUCAUCUGCAAGAUGAAGUUUAGGAAUGAAUUGCCAGAUCCAACAGCGCAACCAAAAUUACUAGCCCUCAAUACCGAUAAAGACAGAUAUACAAAAUACACUAUAACAUCAUUGGAGAAACUGUACAAGCCCAAACUCUAUCCUGAGCAAGAUCUUGGGAUACCUCUUGACCUAUUGGAUAUCAGUAUAUACAAUCCUCCUCCUAUAUACUCUCCCAUAACUCCAGAAGAUGAAGAACUGUUGCGUGAUGAUGAAGUAGUGACCCCUAUUAAGCAAGAUGGUAUAAGAAGAAAGGAGCGGCCUAGUGAUAUAGGUGUUUCAUGGUUGGUCAAGACUCAGUACAUUUCUCCAAUUAGUAUGGACGAAGCCAAAAUGUCAAUAACUGAAAAACAAGCAAAGGAAAUGCGUGAAACUAAAGAGGGUCGUAAUUCUUUCUUGGAGAAUCUUAACAGCAGGGAAAAGCAAAUACAGGCCAUUGAAGAAUCUUUCAAAGCGGCCAAGUUGCCACCUGUUCAUCAAACUAAACCUGCUAUGGAAGCCGAGUGGGUUCAGCCUUUGUUACCUGAUUUUGAUAGGUAUGAUGAUCGGUUUGUUAUGGUAACUUUUGAUGGAGAGCCUACUGUUGAUUCAGAGCAGUACAACAAGCUGGAGAGUUCUGUUCGUGACGAGUAUGAAUCACAAGCUUUAAUGAAGAGUUUCGUAGUUAAUGGUUCAGAUCCUGCAAAACCAGAGAAGUUUUUGGCAUAUAUGGUACCUGCACCUGAAGAGAUAACCAAGGAUGUGUAUGAUGAAAAUGAAGAGCUGUCAUACUCAUGGAUCAGAGAAUAUCAUUGGGAUGUAAGGGGUGAUGAUGCUGAUGACCCAACUACAUACCUCAUGACAUUUGGUGAUGGAGCUGCGAGAUAUUUGCCUCUUCCUACAAAACUUGUUUUGCAAAAGAAGAAGGCAAAAGAAGGCAGGUCUGGGGACGACGUAGAACAUUUUCCAGUGCCCUCAAGAAUUACUGUGAGGAGGAAAUCAGCUGUUGCUGUUAUAGAAAAUAAGGAGCUUGAAGAAAUAUCUAGAAAACAUGAAAAAGCAGAUGAUCGAAAUUCAAAGCGGCAAAGAUCUUUUGAUGAUGAUGACGACAUGGAAAGACAGCAUAAAUAUAUGCAUACAGAUGGAGAUCAGUUCAGUGGGGAGGAUGACAUGUCCGAUUAAUAAAAAAGAAAAAGGAAGCAAUGCAUCAAUGUUACCUGACGCAAGAAACGUCGAACCGGCACAGAGAAUUAUCCAAAAUUCUCUGAUAUUUGAAGACAAUGCUGGAAUUAUACCAGCCAACAGCAGUAUAACUGCAUGGUGCGCCGGGCUGGUGGUAGUUUUUCCUCGGCUUUAACGUGCCAGUUGCAAAGAGCUCUUUUAGUUGCAAUAGUUAGCUGAUGUGGCCUUGAGUGAAAACAAGGCCCUAAUGUCUCUAAUCCAUGAGUUUAUCUUUGCAAUAUUCAGUUUAUUUUUUAAUGGUUUAUGCCCUUUGAUUUUGUUUUAAUGGUGAAUAUGUGUAAGUUUGACGAAAUUUUGGAGCCCAGUGUAGAGAUAUAAAAGGUGCAGACCCUAUGAAUCUGUGUCAAGCUGCUCCUAUUUUGAGAUGGAGAUGUAAUGCUACAUUUGCUAUAUUGGUUACGCAUUAAAAGGGAUUUUUAUAAGAUAAAUGAUGGAUUCAGUGUUGGAAAAAA